AUGAUCAAUCCUGCAGAUAGUUACCAGUCGACAAGUCAGGAACCUCAGACUGGGUCUUCAACCGGCAUAAAUAUGGUCAGGGAUACAGCCAAAACGCAAUCAACCGAUGACUAUAAGCAAGUCCAAUACACGGACGUGCAUCGUGUGUGGUCGACCAAUGCAUCCACCUAUGACGGCAAUAGUCAAACCGAAACUCAGGGCUUCCUCAUCUCCGCCUCCGCUACCAAUGCCGAAUCAUUGACGCCAAUGGAGCGCUGGGCUGCCGAAAGCUCUGGGCAGGCUCCGUGGAAUCCAAUUAGUAGCAUCAAUACUUCAUUAUAUAACAUUGAGACUGGACACUCAGACAACUCUGUCCAUCAUCAGGAAAAGGCGGGUGAUGAUUGGAGUAUCUGCGGAAACCCAUCAACCAAGUAG